AUGGAUAUGGAGAAUCAUCGCUCUGGUUUCACAUACAUGGGUCGAAAAUUCAGCGAUUUAAGUGUCAACGAUAACUCCUCUGCUUUCAGCGAUUGUAACAGCGACAGAUCCGGCGAGUUUCCGACUGCUUCCUCCGAGAGCCGUCGUCUUCUCCUCUCUUGCUCCUCCGAUAAUUCCGAUGAUCUGAUCAAUCAUCUCGUAGCUCAUCUCGAUUCCUCAUGCUCGAUCGAUGAGCAAAAGCAAGCAGCUAUGGAGAUCAGGCUAUUAUCCAAGAACAAACCUGAGAAUCGGAUCAAAAUCGCUAAAUCCGGUGCGAUUAAACCGUUGAUUUCUCUGAUCUCGUCUUCGGAUCUUCAACUUCAAGAGUAUGGAGUCACUGCGAUUCUGAAUCUCUCGCUUUGCGACGAGAAUAAAGAGCUGAUUGCUUCUUCAGGUGCGAUUAAACCGCUUGUGAGGGCGUUGAAAAUGGGAAACCCAACGGCUAAAGAAAACGCUGCUUGUGCUCUUCUCCGAUUAUCUCAGAUUGAAGAUAACAAAAUCGCGAUUGGAAGAUCAGGUGCGAUUCCUCUCUUAGUGAAUCUUCUAGAAACAGGAGGAUUCAGAGCGAAGAAAGACGCAUCAACGGCUUUGUACUCGUUGUGUUCAGCUAAAGAGAACAAAACCAGAGCUGUUGAAUCUGGAAUCAUGAAGCCGCUUGUUGAAUUAAUGGCGGAUUUCGGAUCGAAUAUGGUUGAUAAAUCGGCUUUUGUGAUGAGCUUGUUAAUGUCGGUGCCGGAAUCGAAACCGUCGCUUGUGGAGGAAGGAGGGAUUCCGGUGCUUGUUGAGAUCGUUGAGGCAGGAACACAGAGACAGAAAGAGAUUGCUGUGUCGAUAUUGUUACAGCUUUGUGAAGAAAGUGUUGUCUAUCGAACCAUGGUGGCUCGUGAAGGUGCGAUACCACCGCUUGUGGCUUUAUCUCAGGCGGGAACGAGUCGAGCUAAGCAAAAGGCAGAGACUUUGAUUGAGCUUUUAAGACAACCAAGAUCUGUUAGUAAUGGUGGUGGAAGAUCGUCGGAAAUGUGA